CUGGGUUAGUGUUGCAGCAGCGCGGAGCUGCUGGAGUCCCGGGCGGUCUGGUGCUGAGCAGCGAGGGAUCCCGCACUCUAGGGGAAAGAGAGGGACCAUGUCUGGCGGAGCUCGUUCACAUGCAUAGAAAACGAGAUACCAUCUGCCUCUUGGAAUGACAGCCUGGGUCAUCCUUCCCGUUAGCCUGUCCGUCUCCACCAUCACAGCAUUGUGGGUCGUGUAUGCGGUGGCAGUGCAGAAUCAUCAUGUUUGCCCUGUGGAUAACUGGACCUACAAUGACUCUUGUGAUGAGAACUUUGUCCAAGAUGAACCUGAAAGAUGUUGCACAUUAGAUGACAUCCCAUUGGUCAGUAAGUGUGGCACCCUCCCUCCUGAGAGCUGUCUCUUCAGUUUGAUCUGCAACAUUGGUUCUUUUAUGGUGAUGUUGCUUGGUUUACUACGCUAUGCACAGGUGAUGGAGAGACACCAGAAGUCUUUACUGAAUACUGCAGCGCUGGUCACAUGUUGGAGCUGUGCCGCAGGCCUCAUCAUUGUGGGAAACUUCCAGGUUGAUAAUGCUAAAGUCCUACACUAUGUCGGCGCUGGGGUGGGCUUUCCCAGUAGUAUGCUGUUCAUCUGUUUCCAGUCUGUGCUCACCUACAAGAUUGCAAAGAAUUCGCUGGACUAUCGGAUAGGUCACUGCCGUGCUCUUCUUACCAUUGUGGCCUUCAUCAACCUUGUCCUUAGUGGGGUCUUCUUCAUUCAGGAGAGCUCAGAUCUCCAGCAUGCAGCAGCUAUUUGCGAAUGGGUUUUCACUAUUAUUAUCCUCCUUUUCUAUGGGACCUUCGCAGUGGAGUUUGGCUCUAUUACUCAAAACACCCUUCUUGAAAUGCUGACAAAGGAAGCCCAGAAGACCCACUGUAAAUCAGAUAACAGCAGAGUCCCCAGCACACACAUCAACUGCACCCAAGAGGCUGUGGCUAUGAUCUAGACUUCAAAAUGUUAACAGGCAGGUUGAUCUAUUUUGUCAUAUCUAUAACUUUGCCUUAAAGCAGCAUAAAAUAGCCAAAUGAUCAGGUAUCUCUGCAGCAUUUCUGUUUGAUGUGACAUGGCAAAUAGAUUCUUGAAGUAAUCAAAAACACUGCAGCAGAAGCCAUCCUGAGAGGACCAAGCUUGUCCAUUUCCAUUGGUAUUUUUGAAACAUUUAUCUGAAAUUUAAUUUUUUAAUAAACAUUUGAUUUUUAUAACAGAAUGAAUUAUAUAUUUUUGGCAGCAAUUGACAGCCUUUUUGAAUUUUGAACUUUGAGAUGUUUCUAGUACUGGCCAAUGUAAAUGGAUGGUUAAACAUCCAAAUUUUAGUUAUAAUCAUAACCUUUUAAGACAUUAUUACAUUUGGUAUUGAUUCUGUGUCCUCUGCAUUGAUAAAACAUCUUCACUAUCCAUAUCACUCCUUCACGGCUCUAUAGCCUCCUCGAUUCCAUAACUCCAUAUUCUCUACUGAAUCCCCAGUUUCAGUUGUCCUUUUUCUGGCUGUCAUGCCUUCAAGUUCUGGAAUUUCUUUAAUAAACUUCUCCGCCACUGUACCUUCUCUUGUUUUUUAAGUAGCCCCUCAAUUACCUCUUUUGUAGUAUUGUAUAAACAUAUAAUGUCACUGUAUUGAAUCACAUGUGCACUGUUGUGUACACAUGUUCACACAGUCUGAGAAGAACCUUGAAUAAACCAGACAUACUUUUUGGAA